UGCACAAAAAUAUCUCACUUCAUCUUGUCAUUUAAAAUAUCUUCCUCGCCACUUUUUAGGAUCAUCUCACACGACUAUCUCUUCUCUUCUCUUCUCUUAUCCUUUUAGAAAAAACUAGAAAGAAUGAGUGCCUCAUGGCUUCCUCUGUACACACCCACAGCACAAUAUCCAAUUCAAAGAAAGUUAGGAUCAUACAACCCUUCAACUUCCAGAAAGCUUCAUGGCAACACUUUGUCCUGCAAGGCAGCUUCUUCUAUUACAGAUUUUGAUCUUUAUGAUCUACUUGGCAUUGACAACACCUCCCAUCCAUCACGGAUUAAGGCGGCCUACCGUGCACUCCAAAAACACUGCCACCCCGACAUCGCCGGUCCUGCUGGCCAUGACAUGGCCAUCAUUCUUAAUGAAGCAUACUCUGUUCUAUCAGAUCCUAGUUCUAGGCUGGCUUAUGAUAAGGAGCAAGCAAAAAUGGCAGAACUUCGAGGUUACACAGGGAAGCCAGUUUAUUCAGUGUGGUUGGGGUCAGAAAGCGAACAACGAGCGGUUUUUGUGGAUGAAGUGAAAUGUAUUGGCUGCUUGAAAUGUGCUUUAUUUGCUGGGAAAACUUUUGCUGUUGAAUCUGUGUAUGGGAGAGCUAGAGUUGUGGCUCAAUGGGCUGAUCCUGAAUAUAAAGUUAUGGAGGCUAUCGAAGCUUGCCCAGUUGACUGCAUUUCCAUGGUGGAAAGGACAGACUUGGCAGCCUUGGAGUUCUUAAUGUCGAAGCAACCACGUGGGAACGUAAGAGUUGGUAUGGGGAACACAGCUGGCGAACGAGUGUCAAACAUCUUCACUGAUGUGAAGAAGUUCCAAAUCAAAUUCAAUGAGGCUAUGGAGAAAGCUAUGAAAGAGCAAUCCAAGGGAGCAACCUUUGAGAGCGAAGGACAGUUGGCUGCAAUUCAGGCUAUCAGAUCAAUCUCAAAUUGGCUAUUUUGGCAGACAGCAACACCAGUUGGACCUGGAUCGAAACAAAGCCAAAGUCUGGCACGCAGUGCCAGCAAAUUCACACCCGAAAUCAACAAACUUCAGGCUGCUGCUACUGCAAGGAAACAAAUCAGGGAAAAAGCUGAAGACAGAAAUAGAACUACAACGAAAUACCUAUACAGGGAUGAUUAUUGGGUUCCAACCACCUUUGCACUUCCAGCCUCAACUCAAUCUCCAAACAACCCAAUCUCAAAGCCAAGUGUAGAGACCAAACCUACAAAGCAAUCAAGAGGCCUUGGUUCUGAUGUUAGUAGGGGUGGUCAUGUUAGUCCCAUGAGAUUGGUAUUACCAGUUUCGAUAUCGAUAAUUGCAACUGCUAUAAUUCAGCAAAUGGUGAGAAAUGAUGGUGCCAGUGAAUUGAAGGAACACGCUGCAGGUUCUAUGGCUCUGGAGUUGGUUAAUAGUCACUGGAUGCAGGUGAUCCUAACAGGCGUCACUUGGUAUAUCAUUGGAAUGGCAGUGAUGGGAAUGCUAGAAAUGAUUGCAAGAAAGUUUAGGCCUUGAGUAUUACACAGAUAGUAAAUUUAUCUAAAAGACAAGUUGCAUGUAUAGCUGCAGUUGUACAAUAAUAGAAAUGGAAAAACACUUACAUAUAUGUGAUCACAAAUGACAGAAUUAAGAA